CGGCAUCCUGGCGUACCAGUUUCAUCAUCCGACGUUGUUAAGUUGAUUCAAACACGGAAACUGUUUGUUCGCUCAAAGUUCUUCCUGUGAUACGUCCAGCGUGAACUGUGAACUAUCAUAUUUCUUGAUUUUGUUAGUUUGCUAACAUGGCCGCCUCGUGGCUGUUGAAGAGAUGGUGCUCAACGGCAGCUGCUACGGUGACAACCAAGGGCACAAGAUGGCAAAGAUUACUGAACAGUCGUGCAGGUGCAUGGUGCCGUGGUCUUCUAGGUGAUUAUAAGGAGGCUUGUCGUGAGGCUGUGUUGGGGGCACGGGAGCGACCCCUCAAGGCCUCAGUCUACUUCGGUCUGCUGGGAGGAAUGUAUGCCUGUUAUUACACCAACCCUGACGAUACCUCCUUUGAAACCAGCCUACUAGAAACUUCCAACCGCCUGGCUCUCCUGUCACCAUGGAUACGCAGCGGCACCUCAGAUGCCCAUGUUCAAAGCCUGGUGAAACUGCAAAAUGAGGGCCGGCUGCGCUAUGCCAGUCUCGGCAUUGUAUCUUUGACUUAUUACACUGACUACCACCCUGACUCUAGCCUGUAUGAGGCAUGUUGUUCAACGAUCUCUGUGCCCUGGUCAGAGCUGCCCAAACGCAUGCUGGAUGUGGGCUUUGCAGGGCGCUGGUGGGUGAUCGAUCAUAAAAUGAAGGACUAUGAUAUAAAUGAGGAGGAGUUCAAACAUCUGCCCCCUGCUCUGGUGGCUACAGUUCCUCCUUCUCCCCAGGUAAUUGAGAAGAACGAAAGGCUGCAUCAGGAAUCGUGGAAAGCAGUGGUGAUGGAGGAUGAGAGCAGCGCAUUAUUAGACCAUGUACAGAAAUAGGUGGACACAUCUGUUGAAUUAAAGGAAAUGAACAACACAAGAUAAAAGGCCCAGGCAUUUUGAUGAGUUUGCUGUGCCCCACCUAGGAACCUAAAGAACGUGCUUGCAAGAAUUAGCUAUGUUGAUAGGAGAGGAACAGUAAAGGAUACUGUAUGUCAGCAGUAAUCAUUAUUAUAAAAUGUUAAUAGACGUCUGCACCAUUUAUAAUUACUCUUUAAUAGUCUGUUACUUUUACUGCUAAAGAUGUUCAAAUAAAUGUUGAUAACUUGUUGACUAUAAAUCCAAUAAAACAACUGCAGUG